UGGAACGCAUCUAAAAAUGACAAAAGAACUGAAACAUGACAUUCUUCAGAAACUUGCUGAAACCAUAUACUCCUUCAAAGCAUACCCAUCUGCUGACGAUUUAAAAGGUGUUGCAAAGGCAUUGGUGAAUACCCACCCCUGCCUUCAAGAACCAGGAUCGCCUUCUGGACACUGUGGGUGGACAAACAGUUUGAAAGACAAAAUGGGAAAUUACAGAUCCAAAAUGAGAAGCCUUGGGCACACAGAUGUCACAGUUAAUGCAGGAAAAAGAGGAAGAUACUCUACUAGCAGUGAUCCACCUAACAAGAACAUAAAAAAACCAAGGAAAGGAGAGGUCAACUAUCUACCUAACCUUCCAAGUGGUCAUGAUACUUCCAGUCUUGAGUUGCUCAGACAGCAGUUGGCAGAUGAAACGAAGAAAAAAAAACCUGAUGCUACCUUCAUUAAUCAGAAUAUGGAUGUGACUCUGUCUUUAAGAAGACAGGAAGUUGUGAUCAACAAGCCUCCUGUAAGCCAGAUACUUCAGCGUUGGCCAGCACUUUUCACUGAAAGUCAGGUGUAUCAAGAAUUCAACCGAAUAGUUGGGAAGAAUCUGAAGCAAGAAUUCUAUGGGUCUCUUGAUCAUCACUGCCCACAGCUGAUUCAGAUCUUCAGGUCAAAGAGAGGUCUCACUGGACAGAUUUUAAGCAGUCUUCUGCUAGAUGCCAAGGCCUCUGACCUCAGUGACAUGCGAUGUGUUGUCAUUCGAGGGCUUCCAGUACUUCUUGGUGAUGACCCAACUGAGUUCUUCAAAUCAUGUUUUGCUUCUGAUGAUGGAGACUCAUACCAACAUGUGCCCGUUGGAAUCCUUAACCGGGAAAAUGAAGAUGCUCUGCAACCCCUGUCCUUCCGCCUCCACCCAUCCUCAGUGGGAAUCAUCUUGGAAGGGAAUGUUGUAAUGGACAAUAUAGACAACAUACCCCAGGCCAUGUGUCUUCUUUUUGGUUUAACUUAUGCACUGCACCUAGACUACCCAAAGUGCAUGGGCAAUACCCUUCUUUUCAUUCAACAAGUUCUGCUGGGUUUGGGUAAGAAGGAGCUGAAGGGUAAGAUUCUGGCUGUCAAAAAUCAACUUGCCAUGUAAACAGGUACAGAAAAGUCAUGUUCCUUUAGGCUUGCUGUUCUGCUGUAACUGUGAUGGAAAAGUGUAAAACUUUGCCUUAGUGUUUGGCAAGUGUUAAUGUUCUAUAAUGAUACGGUGUAAUGUAGGAUUGUCACAAUACUGGAAUUCGAUACCAAUUGGUACUAAAAUUUUAAAAAUGUUCAUUCCCGCUUACAUUCAAGUGCUGUUGAGCGUGUUGUUAAACAGCACUGAUUUGCCAUUGUGUUCACAUGCUCAACAGAAAUGACUGUGAAGGUGUUCGGUUCACCUAACUCACCACUUUUUAUUGAGCGUAAACCCAGAUACAGGGAUACUGGAGUGUUUAAAGUCAAGUUAAUCAGCUGUCUAUAAGCUGACAAGCGAUCCACUGAUGAAUUAUGGCUUUAAAACGCUCAUGGGUCCCUGUAUCUGUGUUUACACUCAGUAAACAGCAGUAAGUUCAGUGAUCCGAUGACCACAGCCAUUCACAGUCAUUUCUGUGGAGCACGUAAACACAAUGGCAAAUCAGUACUGCUUAAGAAUGUGCUUAACAGUGCUCAAAUGUUAG